AUGGUCUUCAGUGUUAUGUUUGGGUGGAGUUGCAUAGUCUUGGGCACAUCACUGGUGAUCCUUAUGGGCUCUAACAUCUGCAUUGGAUGCCCGUCCACACCAGUCAUGCAACUCGACUACAAUUUACCCCCGUGUGAGGACCGGCCGAAGGAUGUGGUGCCAGAGGAGCCAUGGCUCGAACAGACACUUAUCGGGGUCUUCAAGGUCUGGCACGUCAUCUUCUCCGGUCUUUUCUCGGGACUGGCCAUAGUGAUUGUGUUGUGCUGUCUAUUCCGGUGUCGAAUCCCACGGACUAAACAAGAGAUUGAAGCAGAUUUUGUCCGCAGAAGACUCACUAAAGUGUUUAGAAAUCAUUUAAACAAAAUUAAAAUUGAAGAAUUAGAGGCUCAACCAAACAAUUUGCUUCCGGUAUUACAAAGAGUAGAGAAGAUGGAAACGACUCGUAUGAACAAACAGGUAUCGUUUGAGAUGGGAAAGCCUACGUGGAGACAGAAGUUGAGGGCUAUGUUUGCGAUGGAGAGGGAGAUGACGACCAGCUCUUCCAUAGAAGACGAGAAUAUAAGCGCCAAAUACGACACCAACGACGGCCUCAACGAAGAGGACAGAGAAUUGAGGCGACAAAAGGACGCCAAGAAGAAAGUGGAGGAAGAGAUCCGUAUGAAAGAGAUCACCAAAACUGUGGACAACGCCAAGAUUGACGGAUCUUCUUUUAAUGUAAUCUCGGAUCAGUUCACGAUUUUAAUGGGUUUUGAGUCGAAGAAGGAAAGGGAGAAACGGGAGAAAAAUGAGAGAAAACUGAAGCAAAAGGAAGAGAAACAGAAAGAAUUGGAGGAAAAACAAGAGAAGAAAGAGAGAGAAAAGGCGGAGAAAUUUGAGCAGAAAAAGCGAGAAAUUGAAGAAAAACUACUGAAAGAAGAGACAAAACUGAAGGCAAAGAGAGACAAAAUGAUGGGAAAAGACACCGAAAAACAAGACGACGAGAAGACAACUAAAAACGAGAUCAGUAUUGAAGUGAAUGGAAAUGUGGAGGAAGUGAUUGAAAAUCACACAACUAUUACAGAAUCAGAGGUACAAAAGAGUGGAGACGAGGGGACAGGUAUUGACGUCAAGGAAGACAUCGAAAAAAUGAGCCCAAAAGCUCGGAAACUGUUGGAAAAGGAGAUGAAGAAAGAGAAGGAAAGGGAGAAGAAGGAGAGGGAGAAAGAAGAGAAACGACUAAAAGAGGAGAAAAAGCAAAAGGAAAGGCAGGAAAAGAAGGAAUUGGAGGAAAGGCUUAAGAGAGAGAAAGAAGAGAAGAAAUUGAGAGAAAAAGAGGAGAAAGAAAAGGCAAAAGAAAAUAAAAAUAAACUAAAAGAAGAGAAAAAUAAACCAAAGGAUGAGAGCGAAGUGAAAAGCGAUGAAAAUGUUGAAAAUGUCGACAAAGAGGUUGAAAACACCGAAAUUGAUGAUCAAAUCGACAAAAAUAAAGAAAAAACAAAUAAAACAAUUGAAGAAAAUAUUGAGAAAGAAGUGAAGGAAUUGACAAAAUCUUUGGAAAAAACUGAUAAAAAUAGUGACGAAAAACAAACAAAAACCAAAGACAGGGAAAGAGAUCGAAAGGAGAGGUCUAAGGAUAGGGAAAAGAAAGAGAGAUCCAAAGAGAGACAUAGAGAUCGAAGUGAGAAGUCAAAGGAAAGGGAGGAAAAAGACUCAAACCAUAGACACGAAAAAAGUAGACAUAAUAUUGAAGGCGAGUCCAAACAUAAAGAGGAAACGGAUGGCAAACGGAAAGAGGAGUCGAAGACAAAAUCAGAUAAAAAGGAAAAGUCUUCGAGAAGUGAGAAAAAGGCCAAAGAAAAGGAAGAGUUUAGUGAGAAAUCGAGAGAAAAGUCAGAAAAAUCAGAUAAAGUAAGCGAAGACGUGAAGAGACAUCGAGAUAGAGAUCGAGACAAGAGGUCGAAAUCGCGAGAUCGAGAAAAUGAGAGAAAAUUAGUUAAACAGAAGAGAAGUGAAGAGACGAUUGAAAUUGAAUUUGAAGACAAACUAAUGUCUCAAAUGGAAAGCACAGACAAUAAUCGGAUAAUUAUUGAACCAAUUGAUGAACAAAUUAUAGACAUUGAGAACAUUGACAGACAAUCGAUUGCAACGACGACUACGAGUGGCACGAGUUAUGCCACUUAUGCCAGUCAUCACCGCAUGAGUCGUGAGGAGAAGACUAAGAAAUUGGUUGACAUUCAAAGAAGUAAAAGUCGGGACUCAACGAGAAGUACCAGA